AAAAAAAAUUGUUCGCCUAGCCUUUUUAACAGGUAACCUUCAAGUUAAAGGUUAUAAGUUGGUGAUGUGGCAAUGACUUGGCUGCGACGUGUCAUGUUUUGUAGAUGUGGCAUCCAUUAACUAUUUACUGUAAUAACAACUUCGAAAUCAACUCUAAUUUCUGCGUAUUUCAAAUCAAAUCCCUAUCAAAGUUUGAAGAAACCUAAAUCCCAAAUCCCUAUCGCGACUUGAAGAAUCUCAUUCCCAAAUCCAUAAUCUCAAACCCAUCCCUAAUCUCUAGCUUAAGCCCUAAGCCCUAAUCUGUAAUUGUAGUUCGAAACCCUAAAUCCCUAAACCGAAAAGACUGGAAAGAAGACUGGAAAGAAGGCUCAAACCUCAAACCGAGUAAGGAUGACUAAUAGGGUGGAUUUAAUAAUUCAUCAUGGUGGUAAUUUUGUCAAAUCCCCUGCGUUAAAAUAUUUGAAUGGUGAAACAGAGGUACUGGAUGUGGACCCUGACUUAAUAUGUUAUCCCCACUUAAUGAAAUAUAUAUCAGCCCAAAGAUAUGGGAAAAUAGUUUCACUUACCUAUAAGUUGACCUCUGAACCCUUUACAGCUUUAAAACUCUUACAUAAUGAUGCUAGUAGUCUACAUUUAGCUAAGAUUGCUCGUGAAAAUCAAAAGUGUGAGAUAUAUGUUGAGCAUGGGGUAGAUGAGCCUGAGGUGGUUGGUUUAUGUUUGCCUGGGCCUAAGGAUGAUGGGAAUGAAGCUGGAUUAGUGGGUGAGGAAGAGGUGGCAGAAGCUGAUAUAUUGGGUGAGAGAUUAGGGGUAGAAGAUGAAGUAUUGGGUGAGGAAGGGGGGGCAGAAACUUCAGAAGAUGAGCAUGGUGGCAGUGAGGGUGAGGAAGAAGGGAGUGAAGUAGAUGCUGAUUAUAGUGGCAGUGAGCAUAUAAGUAGUGACAGUGAAGGUGAGGAGACUACAAAUAGGACUAAGAGGAAAAGGAAAAUAGGAGUACAAGCUGAACCUAUACCACAAUCUGUGCCCACAUCUGAAAAUCCUUUAGUAGAUGAGGCAGAUUCUGUGUACUAUGAUUCACAAAAUCCACCAACUGUUGAAGAAGACUUGGAGAAUGAGGAUGGGAAUGAGGUUCAAUCAAGGUACAAUGAUAAGUACCCUAAAUAUAACUCUAAAUCUGAUCCACCCUUUCUUGAAUUAGGCAUGUAUUUUGAUGAUAAUGUGCAGUUCAAACUUGCCAUGAUAAGUUAUGCUAUACACACCAAGAGGGAUUUAUUUUGGAAGAAGAAUGGUUUAAAGUAUGUUAGAGUGGAAUGUCUUGGAAAGGGGUGUGGAUUUCAUGUGAGUGCAGGGUGGGAGGAAAGAACAAAGUGUUUUCAAUUGAAAGCUAUUCAUUUAGAUCAUAAAUGCAACAGUCAAUUCACCUUAGGCAUUGUUAGUAAAAAAUGGUUAGAAUGGAAAUAUGAAGACAAGGUUAGGCAGAAUCCAACUAUUGGGUAUUCUGAGUUGAGCAAAGAUAUAAAGUCUGAGUUGAACCUCAAUGUCACUGUUAGUAUGUGCAGAAGGGCAAUUACUGGGAUUCUGAAGAAGCUUGACAUAGGGUAUGAGAGCCAGUUCAAAAGGAUUAGGGAUUAUGCACAAGAAUGCUUGAAUUCUAACCCAGGCUCUACUGUGAAGAUUCACACAACUAGCACUGUUCCUAAUUCACCCUUGGUAUUUCAGAGGAUAUAUGUGUGUUUUAAUGCAAUGAAGAAGGGUUUUCUAGGGGGUUGUAGGAAGUUUAUUGGUCUAGAUGGCUGCUUUCUGAAAGGUAAAUUGAAAGGUGAGAUCCUCUCAGCUGUGGGCAGAGAUGGGAACAAUCAAAUGUACCCAAUUGCCUGGGCUGUGGUAGAGAUUGAGAAUAACUCGUCAUGGAGCUGGUUUUUGAAUCUUUUGAAGACUGACUUGGAGAUUGAGGACAGCACUCAAUGGACUUUAAUGAGUGAUCAACAGAAGGGGUUAUCUACUGUAAUUCAGGAACUAUUCCCUGGUGUUGAGCACAGAAAUUGUGCUAGGCAUGUCCAUGCCAAUUGGAGUAAGACUCACAGAGGGAUGGUUCUAAAGGGACUGUUUUGGCAGAUUGCAAAGACCCCUAAUCAAGCACUACUUACAGAUAAGGUAAAAGCUUUACAGAAGGUAGAUGCUGCAGCUCUUCAUGAUCUCAAUAAGUAUCCUAUGAAAUUUUGGUGCAAAGCUUUUUUCAAAGAGGAAGUGCGAUGUGACAUGACAGACAAUAAUUUGAGUGAAGCAUUCAAUAAGACAUUGUUGGAUGCAAGGAGUAAGAAUAUCAUUCCAAUGCUAGAGGACAUAAGAGUUGCAAUGAUGAAGAGGGUUGCAAAGAAGAAAGCACUUGGUGAAAGAUGGAAUGGGAAUUAUGGCACUAUUAUUAUGAAGAAGUUGAAUGAAAACAUUAUUGGGAGUAAAGAUUGGGAGGUGGUUUUCAAUGGAGUUGAUGGAUAUGAGGUGAAAAAGGGAAGGUUUCAAUUCAAGGUCAAUUUAGAUUUGAGGACUUGUUCUUGUAGAAUGUGGCAAUUAACUGGUUUGCCAUGUCCUCAUUCCAUUUGUGCAAUAUUUCACAAGGGGGAUCAGCCAGAUCAGUACAUACAUAUAUGUUACAGUAAAGAGAUGUACAUGAAGACCUAUGAGCAUGUACUACAGCCCAUAAAUGGAGAACAAUUUUGGCCAAGGGCUGAAGGUGGUGAGUUACAUGCUCCAGUUCCAAGGAAGAUGACCGGCAGACCCAAGAAAAAAAGAAAGCUUGAACAUGAUGAAAAGAACAAGGAUAAAAACAAAAUAAGUGAAGAGGUUAGAAAGUUGUCAAGGAAGGGAAGGGUAAUGACCUGUCAGCUAUGCAAGGGGAAGGGGCACAACAAAAGAUAUUGUCCUACCCAACAAGGACAAGCUGGUGAUUGACUGUUUUGGCAGUGACU